AAAUCGUUUUGAUUUCGUUUCAAGGAAAGACCUGUGAGACAGAUAAAUCUUCAAUUUUGUUUGAUUAUUGUAAAUUUUGUAAUUCCUUUCAUUAUUUUUACAUUUCGAAAUGAUAGUUUCUCUAGUAAGUUGUCAUAUACAUGUAAGAACAAAUUAGUCUUGGUCAAGUAGCUCACCUACUCCCUCAAAUUUGUUUUCUUGGCUUUUCCUAUGGUUGGGAUAAGGUUUUUGAUCUGUGAUUUUUUUUUGUCUUUGUCUGUUUUUUAUUUCAUUUUUAUUACCUGAACUGUGAUGGGAGGUUGUGUCUCUGUCUCGUUACCAUGUAAUCAAGUAGAUGAAUCAGUUCUCUCAGUGGUUAUGUGUCAAAGGUAGUUAUAUUCACAACCUCUCUGAGAAUCUGGCUUCUCUUCAUAGUAGUGCUCAAGGCAAAUAGAGAUGAUGUGCAAGGAAGGGUAGACCGAGAAUACUUUACUAGGGGUCGUAGAAGGCUUUCCCAAGUCCAGUUAUGGCUUAUGAGUGUCCUAAAACUGCAGUUCAAACAACUAAAAUCCCCAUUGCCUCUUCUAACAAUUCAUAUAGUUGUUAGAAGCAAGCAGCUAUGUGAAUUGAUAUUAAUGAUUGUAGAUUUGUAGUUGUUGCAGCACAUGUUUUAAUAGUGUGAUUCCGUUUGUGAAAUGUUAUUGGAUUUUUGCGUUGGAUGGUUUGAAUGUGAAGUUUGAGUUGUUUCUUGCAGAGGAUAGCAGAUGCAUAGCCAUAAGUAACUAUCGUGACUAUUUGAUCAUGCCAAGGAUGUUCAGUUUUGCUCUCUUUUCUCUCUCUUUCUCUCCCUCUCUAGAAAUGGCAGGUUGUUUCUCGGUCUCGUUUUCAUGUGAUAAAGUCGUGGAUCAAGUCUCUCAAUCGUUAUGCCUCAGCGGGAGUUAUAUUCACAAACUCGCUAAGAAUCUUGCGUCUCUCGAGAAAGCCAUGGGACUGCUCAAGGCAAAGAGAGAUGAUGUGGAAGGAAGGGUAAAGAGAGAAGAGUUCACAGGGCGCAAGAAAAGACUUUCUCAAGUCCAGGUAUGGCUUACGAAUGUCCUGACCAUCGAGAACGAAUUCAGUGAUCUGCUUGGCACUAAGGACGUUGAGAUUCAAAGGUUGUGUCUCUUUGGAUCUUGCUCUAAAAAUGUAAAAAAGAGCUAUCUUUAUGGGAAAAGAGUUGUCCUGAUGUUGAUAGAGGUUGAUAGUCUUAGUUCUCAAGGAGUAUUUAAUGAGGUAACUGUGGCAGCUCCAGUAGCUGAGGUUGAAGAUAUGCCUAUCCAACAACACACGAUCGUUGGUCAGGAAACAAUCCUCGAAAGGGUAUGGAAUCGUCUCAUGGAAGAGGGAGUCGAGAUUGUGGGUCUUUAUGGCAUGGGUGGAGUUGGCAAGACCAUCCUUCUCACACAAAUCAACAACAUAUUUUCUGAAAAAUGUAGUGGAUUUGGGAUUGUUCUAUGGGUUGUGGUGUCUAGAAUUCCAGAAAUCCAUAGGAUUCAAGGAGACAUCGGGAAAAGAUUAGGCCUUGGGGGAAAGGAGUGGGAUGAUAAAAAUGAUUACCAGAGAGCCCAUGACAUACGCAGUGUCCUUCAGAAACAGAAAUUUGUGUUGUUGUUAGAUGAUAUAUGGGAAAAAGUGAAUUUAGAAGCGCUCGGAGUCCCGCAACCAAACUUGCAAAAUGGAUGCAAAAUAGCCUUUACCACUCGUUCUAGAGAUGUGUGUGUGCGUAUGGGGGUUCAUGACCCGAUGGAACUCAGUUGUCUAGAACCCGACAAAGCCUGGGAAUUGUUCCAAAUGAAAGUUGGAGAAAACACAUUGAAAGGCCAUCCAGACAUUUCUGAACUCGCAAGAAAAGUCGCUGGAAAAUGUUGUGGCCUACCAUUAGCACUUAGUGUCAUUGGCGAGACCAUGGCAUGCAAAAGGAUGGUACAAGAAUGGCAUAAUGCAGUUGACGUUUUGAGUUCAAAUGCUGCAGAAUUUUAUGACAUGGAAGUCCAAAUUCUUCCAAUUCUUAAGUUUAGCUAUGAUAAUUUAAACAAGGAGCAGGUGCAAUCGUGUUUCCUAUAUUGCUCUCUGUUUCCUGAAGACCAUCGUAUUGAAAAAGAAAGGUUGAUAGAUUAUUGGAUUUGUGAGGGACUCAUUGAUGAAAAUGAAAGUAGAGAAAGAGAAUUAAGCCAAGGGUAUGAGAUUAUUGGUAUCCUUGUCCGUGCAUGUUUGUUGUUGGAGGAAGCAAUCAAUAAAGAACCAGUGAAAAUGCAUGAUGUGGUUAGGGAGAUGGCUCUAUGGAUUGCAUCUGAUCUCGGGAAGCAUAAAGAAAGAUGGGUUGUGCAAGCCGGUGUUGGGUUACGUGAAGUACCAAAAGUCAAGAACUGGAAUUCUAUGAGAAGGAUGUCUCUAAUGGAAAACGGGAUUGAAUCGAUAACUGGCAGUCCCGAAUGCCUGGAACUUACAACUCUGUUCCUUCAGAAAAACGAUUCAUUGCUACAUAUCUCGGAUGAAUUCUUCCGGUGUAUCCCAAUGCUAGUUGUUUUGGAUCUAUCAGGGAAUUCAAGUCUCCGGAAAUUGCCAAAUGAAAUAUCCAAGUUGGUCUCCUUGCGCUAUCUUGACUUGUCAUGGACAUGCAUGAAGUGGUUACCUGAUGGCUUACAAGAGUUGAAAAAGCUCAGAUAUUUGAGAUUGGAUUACAUGAAGAAACUUAAGAGUAUUUCAGGGGUAUCAAAUUUGUCAAGUUUGAGGAAAUUGCAACUUAUACAGUCUAAAACGUCGCUCGAAAUGAGCUUACUGGAGGAGUUGCAGCUCUUGGAACAGUUAGAAGUUCUAAACAUAAGUAUCAAGUCAAGCUUGGAUGCGGAGAAGUUAAUACAUGCUCCCAGGUUGGUGAAAUGUCUUCAAAUUGUAGUGCUUAGAGGGCUACAAUCAUCUGGGGUGUUGACUUUGCCAGAUAUGGAUAAUCUCCGUAAAGUCAUCAUUAGGAAGUGUGAAAUGUGUGAGAUAAAGAUAGAGAGGAUAAAUGUAUCAUUAUCAUGGAACCGAAUUCCCACAACUCAUGGCUUCCCAAACCUCUCUACUGUGCAUAUUCGUAGCUGCGAUGGUCUGAAGGAUUUGACAUGGUUGUUGUUCGCUCCUAACCUCACUAGUCUCGAGGUUCUGGACUCAAAACUAGUAGAAGAGAUAAUAAGCCAAGAGAAAGCUACGACUAUGAGUGUCAUCAUUCCUUUCCAGAAACUAGAGAGUCUACGCCUACACAAUCUACCAAUGUUGAGGAACAUCUACUGGCUACCUUUGCCUUUUCAAUGUCUAAAGACAAUACACAUAACGAAGUGUCCUGAGCUGAGAAAGCUUCCAUUGGAUUCGAAAAGUGACAUGACGGUUGAAGAACUUGUCAUUAAAUAUCAAGAGGAAGAAUGGUAUGAAAGAGUUGAAUGGGACGAUGAAGGCACUAGACUCCGUUUCUUACCUUCCUUCAAGUUCUUUGGACCUGAAUGGCAAGUUAUGUAUGUGCGGUAGCAAUUUUUAGAGUUGAAGCUCUGUGAUGAUUCAAAUUUUGUGAAUGACAAAGUUGUUUACUUGUUUUGAUAAAAGAGGUUACGCAUUGUUUUGAACUU